GCGGCGCUGGGAGAGGAGCGGCAGCGGCGGGGCCCCAUGCGGCGGCCGGGACGGUGCUCUCCGCCGCCCGGCCCCAGCAGCAGCAGCAGCAGCCGCCACCGCCGCCCAUGACCUGGACCAGCAGCAUGAGCAGCGGCUACAGCAGCCUGGAGGAGGAGGAGUCCGAGGAGUUCUUCUUCACCGCCCGCACCUCCUUCUUCAGGAGGCCGCCGGGCAAGACCCGCGCCGCCCCCCAAGAUGUUCAGAAGGAGAGAGAACCUCAUGUGUAUCUCAGUAAAGAAGAAAUUAAAGAGAAGAUACAAAGCUAUAAUUCAUCUGUCACUGAUAAAUUAAAGAUGACCUUGAACGCGAAUGGGAUUUACACUGGCUUCAUCAAAGUUCAGCUGGAACUAUGCAGACCCAUCACUGUGCAGUCUUCCCAGAGCCAGGGGAGAUGUGCUCACAGCAAUAAUGAAACUGCUUUUUACCUGCCGGACGGCUGCGUGAACACCCUUCACAUCAGCAGCACCAACACCGUUCGUGAAGUUAUCGAGGCCUUGCUCAAAAAGUUUUUCGUGGCUGACAACCCUGCAAAGUUUGCACUUUAUAAACGCUGUCACAAGGAAGACCAAGUUUAUACAUGCAAGCUGUCAGACCGAGAACAUCCCCUCUACCUGCGUUUGGUGGCAGGCCCCAAAACAGAAAUGCUCAGCUUUGUUCUACGUGAGCAUGAAACUGGAGAAGUCAUGUGGGAAGCUUUUAGUAUUCCCGAACUGCAAAACUUCUUGCGUAUACUGGACAAAGAGGAAAACGAGCAACUGCAAAUCUUAAAGAAGCGUUACGCAGCUUACAGAGACAAACUUGAAGAAGCCCUUGGUGGGGUGUGGAAACCUGGUUAAAAGGGGGCCAAAGGACACUCAGGAAAAACGCACGCUACCAAAUGUCAGUAUAGCAUGCCAAACCCAAUGUACAAAGAGCAGCAGAGAGUAGUUUUCUUUAUUCGGAAGACUGUUUUGUGAUGCCAGGGUACCUGAAUUUUGCUAUAGACUUAGUUCCGUAAGCCAGGUCACUUAGCAUCUUGCACCCACAAGUAAGGGAUUCUGCAUGUUUGUACAUCAGUUUGCAACCCUCUGUGUGCCUAGAGAGUCUUUCCAAGUUACCUUGGUGCAAGCUGUGAAACUGUAAUAAAUUUUCUAGGAUGCUAUGAAAUGAGAUUUUUAUGGGGUUUUUUUCUUCUUUGCUUUAAUGGUAGCUUUACAAGUAAGGAUGUGCAAAUUGAUGGGUUAAAAAAAAUGAAUUAAACUGUCUGGACAAGAAUUAGUUGGAGCACUAUCUUGAUUUGCACUACCUUUCUGUUUUCAAAUAGUUACUGUAUAAUUUGUGAGAGAACUGUUAUAGAUGGAAGGCAUAUGAGAUCUUUUGAUUUGUUCUGUUAAAUUUGUGGAAGGCGUUACGGUUUUUUUCCUGGAGAAGGUAAAGAGGAAGUUGAAAAGAAGGUAAGAGUUGAGGGACGAGGUAUCGUAGUAGCUGUCAGAGGAGGACUGGUUUUAAAUGGGAAUAGUAUUUAUACAGAGGCAAGUUAAAAUACUAAUUCUACAGGAUUAAAGUUUUAGGAUGUUAGAAUAUUGUGAAUAAGUUUUAUGGUUUUUAUACUGCAUAAAUCCACACUGGAAAAGAAAUACAGAUAAUAGAAAUAAUGGGAAGGAAUGAGAGGCAAAAGCUAAAAAGGAAUGGAAAUGAAGCUGCACAUACAAGUUGUUAUUGGAGAAGCUGAUUCCAUAAAUGCAUAGUGGGGGUUUGAAAAGUGCAGUGAAGCUAAAAAGCUGCUUACUUGAAUUUAGAAAAGCAGUCAAUGUCUCAGAUAACUCUGUGAGAAAUGCCCGUCUAGCGAGUGUUUAGACAUAAGCUAUAACUACAGACGCAUUUGGUCUUUACUGUAAGUCAGAUCUUUCCUCUGGCUCAGCAAUCCAUUUUUAGGCUGGAUAAUUUUGAAUUAUCAUAUCUGAAAGACAAAAAUAGCUUCCUCUGCUUCUUUGCUUGUUAAAGGCUCAGUCAGGCAAAGAAAGUAGAAUUAUUCAUGUUUCCAGCUUAGCAGAAAAUUAACAUUUAUUGGCUGUGUUGGUGACUGAGCUUAGUAACUCUUGCUUUUAGUAAUUCAGAAGGUUUUUUCUUUGUGGUUUUUAAAUUCUUAAUUGAAAAACAGAUUACCAAAUUCUGCAGACUGCUGAUUUACUUGAUUUAAAAGUAGGAAAAAUGUAGCAAGAAAGUUUUUUACUUUACUGUAAAUAUAAUUGUUGUUCUUUCAGAGUUAUUUAUCUUAAAAAGCACGUUCAAAAGAAACCAAAGAAGUGGGUGUGCAAUAGAAGCAUGAGGCAAAUUUGAGUAACUAAUCCUUUAGUCAUUAUCAUGCCAGAGAGGAAAUGAGUUAUAAAUUUGGGGGUAAGGAGGUGGGUGGAGGAGUGCUAAUGAUUUAAGAGAAGCAGAAGUUGUUGGGGUUUUUUCCCUCCACUCUUUUAGGGUGUUCGUUUUAAAUUCCCACGGAAUUGUUAAAACUUUGGUGACAUCUAAUGGAUACUGUGUGAAACUUCAAGAUGCUUCUGUUCUUCCCCUUAAUUUGAUGUAAUUGUGCCUUUGUUUCCUUUCCUUAGUAAGACUUUUUUUUUUUUUUUUAAACUCUUCACAGGUUUUUUGGUAAAAAGAAUUUGCAAGCUUAAUGAGGCAAUCAUAAUGUUUUAAAGUGUUAAGAGAAAUUAAGAGUAGGACUAACUAUAAAGUAUAUAUAAGGCAUAUCUUGUUUGUUUUUUAAUUUCACAUGUAACAUUGUAGUGCAUGUGUGAGUUAGUAACAUUAUCCUCAAGUGAGACACUUUAUAAUGGUUCAGGGAAUGCUUUUAUGUUUUGUUACAAUUUGUUUUUCUAUGAAUGCAAGCAGCAUGUCGGUGGGUAUUCUGUUAACAUCUACUUAAUUUAUGUAUCUGCCCGUAACUAUGUAAGCAUUACAUAAUCGCUGUCAGUAAUGAACCAUUUGUCGCUCAGAUUUAAACACUGUUUGAGUUUAAAAGUGGAGUAUAAAAAUAUGUGAAUUUUGUUUUUACUUGAACUAAACUAUCAGUCUUUUAAGUAGGCACAUCUGCAUUUACUUUAGCCAAAAACCUCAAUCAGUGUUGUAUGCACUAUGAGUCUUGAUUUGGGGUGAAGGGGAGGGGGUGGGGGACCAAAAUAAACUUAUAUUUUAAUUUUGUCAUAGUCCACAGUUAAUUAUUGUAAGAUGUCAUGUGUGGGGUUAAUUUUUUUUUUUUUUAAACACUGGCAAUUACAACAGCUUUAAUUUAAAAGGAUGCCUAGUCAGUUUUUAUCUUUUAAUUUUUGCAUCAAAUUGAACUGUCACAGCUUUUGUUGCAAAA